AUGAAUUAUAUAAGGGAUAAUUAUGCGAAUGCCAAAAAUAAUGUGCCUCUCUUGAUAGAUUAUGGAUCCUAUACUAUUAAAGCAGGAUAUGCAACAUCUCAAGCUCCUGAUGCAGUGAUUCGCAGCUAUAUCAAUAAAUUUAAGGACUCUACACAAUCAAAUCAAAUAGCUUAAUGGGACACAGAUGUGUUUAAGAAUUAUAGAUCUCCAUUUGAGAAGAAUCUAAUUUAGCAUUUCGGUGCAUUAGAAUAAUUAAAUGAUUUUGUCUUUGAAAUGCUAUAAGCUGGAAGACAUGGCAGAGUGAAUCAUCCUAUGAUAUUAACAGAGUGUUUUGCUACUACUGAUUUAGCUAGGAUGAUAGUUUUAGAGCAAAUGUUUGAAUGCUAUCAAGUACCAAGUGUAAUGUUAGGAGUUGAUGCUUUAUUUUCAGUAUUUCAGGAUGAUUUGGAGGCGUGUUUAAAACAAUCAUAGUUCAUCUUGGUGAUCAGACUGUGUAUGUAGUGCCAAUAGUCAAUGGUUAAGCAGAAUUUGGGUGGAUUAAACAGUUUGAAAUACUUUUAUUAAACUAUUUAAUUAAGAUACCCUUACUUGAAGUUCACAUAUGCUCAAAUGGAUUAUUGGCAUAAGUAAUACGCUAAUGUGGCAAUAGAUUAUUAGCUCUAACUGCAUUAUCUCUAGGGACCUUAACAAUAUUAUGGAUAUAGAGAUAAAAUAUCAGAACAAAAUAGAUUUUAUGAUGAUUAGUUGUAAUUCUUGGAUCCAAUAAAUAUUGACAUUCCUAUUGUACAAAAAAUUGUAAGUGCCGAGGACUUAAAAAGAAAGGAUGAAAACAGACAAAGGAUGAAAGUAAGAUUACAGGAGUCCAUUUAUAAAGUAGACAAAACAAGAAGUCUCAAUUUGGAUAACAAUUAGUGGCAUUACAAUAGGAAUUAGAAACAGACUAAAACAAUGAUAAACUAAAAAAGAAAAUUACAACACUCUAAGUUAAACUUGGGUUAGCGUCUAAAGAAGCUUAGAGGAAUUGAAAUAUAAUUUAUUAAAUGUACCUGACGAUAAACUUACACCAUCUUAAUUAAAUUAGAAGAGAUAUCAAAAGGUCAUGCAUGAAUAAGCAUUACUUAAAAAAUAAAAAAAAAUUAGGAAUUAAGUGAUUACAAAAAGAUGCCAAUAAAUUUAAAUUAGAAGAACCAGAGAAAUAUUUGCAGAUGCUUUAUGAAAAAAGAGAUCGUAUAGUCCUUUAGAUUCAA